UGGAUCGCGGGUAGAAAUUCUCGUGUGCACGUGCGUCAGGCUAUACAUGUGUGUGUUCGCGCACGACAAAGCCCCGGGCUCCGUCCUCAACAGUUGCUACCAGAGCGGCGAAGAGGAGAGGUGGAGAGCGACAGAGAUAGCAGACUGAGGACGGACGGACGCGGAGCCCCACGCCGCUCUGCCCGGCUCUGUUCCUGACAUGCAGUCGAUCAUCUCUCCGGUGACCAAGGCCAUCCUAGUAGCGCUCUUCAUUUUCGCCAUACUCCUAAUCCUAUAUGUGAUCCUUUGGUACAUUUGCAGAGACGUGGACUGCGAUCACGGCAUUUAAGGAUAUUCCAAACGGGAAUAACGGGAAUUUCACAAUGGGGCGCAAAGAGGAGCCCGCAGAGCCCAGGGUCAUCCCUGAUGCCCAGACAAGAUGGCAAGGUUGCCAUAGUGACAGGAGGAGGCAGGGGAAUCGGCUUUGAGGUAGUCCGCUACAUGGCCAUGCUGGGGGCGCAUGUUAUCAUAGGCGGGAGGGAUGAGCAGGAGGGUCUGGCGGCCGUCAGAAGGAUCUGUGAAGAGUACAAAGAGGCCAAAGUGGAGUUCACCAAACUGGACCUAGCUUCUUUGCAGUCUGUCCGUCAAUUUGUCCAGAGCUUCAAGGAGCGGGACCUACCGCUAAACAUUCUGGUCAAUAAUGCGGGUGUUAUGCUGGUUCCUGAGAGUCGUACUGAGGAUGGAUUUGAACAGCACUUUGGCGUGAACUACCUAGGCCACUUCCUGUUGACCUGGCUGCUUCUGGACACACUGAAGGAUUCUGGAAAAUGUGGUUACUUCUCACGUGUGGUCAACGUCUCCUCCUCAGCCCACCGCAUUGGCAAGAUCAGACUAAAUGAUUUAAAUAGCUGCCAGUGUUAUUCAGCCCAUGAUGCAUAUUGUCACAGUAAGCUGGCCCAGCUGUUAUUUAGCUCCCACCUCCACCAGGAGCUGCAGCGUGGAGGUUUCCUACUGAGUUCAUGUGCUGUGGAUCCUGGCAUGGUGGAUACUGCUCUCUAUCGCCACCUCUGGACGCCCAUCUGCCUGGCACAGAACGUCUUUGCUCGUCUGCUUUUCAGGACUCCUGUAGAAGGCGCUGCCACUGUGCUGUUUGCCGCUCUGUCACCGGCCCUGGAGGGGGAGUGUGGAGGAGGCUACUGGGCCAACGGGCGCAGGGAGAUGACAACACCAACGACUUUUGACCUCCAGCUGCAGCUAAGCCUAUGGGAAACCAGUGUCCAGUUGCUGGGCCUGCAGUAGCAUGGGACGAAAGGACCACUAACAGGACUAAACCUCGAAGAAAACAUCAGAUAAAGAAACUUAACUCUUGCCAACCAGCCACAUUCUCCCUUUUUCUCGGUAUUGUUUCUCUGUCCAUAUCUCACGUCAAGGUGUUUGUAGCGAUUUAUGUUGACAAUCUGACAAUCCACCGCUGGACUGUGAAGGGUUAUUAGGGGAGUAAAGAUCUCCUUUUUGUUCCAGACGUGCCAAAGAAGGGCUACAGGGAAGGAAAGACAUUCAUUUUUUGAGCAAGCAAACAUAUUCAAACACACACUAGGGUUAUAUCGAUAUAUGAUUUUGCUGUCAUAGAUACUGGCCGCUGCUGAUAUUGGCCUUUGGUUAUAUAGAUACAGAUAUCAGUUUUCAUUCAUCUCCGAUAUAGUUAAGUUUAUUCUUUGAUCAUAACAAACCUGAUGUCUGGCCAGAGAAAUCGUUCCACAGUGUCGUGUUCAAAAUCCUGCAAUGACACCUGCCUCACUCCGCCUUAAUGUCAUUAGCCUGGCUUUCAGUGAAGACGUUAAUUGUCCUUCAGUGAACUAAAUAUUGAUUCAGAGGCUUUUAAAACUGAUAAAAAAAAUAAAAAAAAAUCUUGCUUGAUGCUUUUUGGGCAUAAUAAUAUUCAAAUUCAAAAGCUGAAUUUUGACGCAAUAUACUGGCUUCAAAAUCACAUGUUGGUCAAGCCUUAGCAUACACACACACACACAUACACACACAUUUGGUUUUGUUCAGGGCAAUUGUUUUGCUGUUGACGUUUUUCUGAAGCCAGGUUUUCCAGACGUUACUGUUUGCUUUUGUCUGCUCAGAAACAAAAAGGUAACGACGGGGAGUCAACCACCACUUCACUCUGUCCCUAUUUUCCUUUGUGAUCUAUGUUAAUCGGUUUUACUGUGUCUGUGAUACAUGUGUGUGUGUUUUAUGCACAUGAGUUAGUAAUUAAGUCGUGCUCUAGACCCAGUUUAUGUCGAUGGAUAGCACAACAAUGGCCGUUCCUGGCGGAGCAGCGACGGGUAGUAGAGAGAGAGGGAAAGCACUUCUCUUUUUUUUUCAGUAUUUAAGCUGUGAUUGGUUCCUCAUUGCUGCUGCUGCUGCAUCCUCAUUUGGCUCCGCUCCCAGUGCAUUGUGGGAUCGAGAUUUCCCAGUGGUGAGAAGCAAACUCCAUCUGCUUAGCUGACACUCACACUCAUUCAGAAACAUUGGAAGCUGUACAUCCAGGCACAGGCUUAUUUAAACAAGCACACAGCAAACAAACACAUCUGUUACUCAUGCAGGAAAAUACUCUCAUACACACACAUACACACUGCGCCAUAAUGCCAUCUCCACUGUGAUAAACCAUUUUAGCUGUGAAAAUGAAAAGUUGUAUCUCAAAUGAACAAGUUUUGGCGAAACAUCUUGCCCCACAUGCCAUCCCAUUGUUGUAUGUGUAUAUUGUUGCUUUGAAUACUGCCUCUGAGCAUCCAGCAUCCGUUAAUAUCUGCCGUAUGUGAAGCAAUAGUAUCACUGUGGUAGCUGAUUCAGCCAGUAGCACAGAGCCAGACAUUCAGAAAAGGUAAAGAGCCCAAGAGUGUGAAAUUGUAAAGAUAUAAAAUACCAGCUUCAAGUUACCCAUAAUAUCAGGAAUAAAAAAAAUCUUUGUCAACAUGUAAAAAAAAACGUUCACUGAAGACGUUGUUGGUGGGCAUAGUUUUGAAUCAUAUCAUAUCAAAUCCACACUAACGCACAGAGAUAAAAGCUAACGGUGUGUUCAGGCGCUUCUCGUCAAAUCACUAAGUUUUCAGCUGUGAGUUAUACGUCAACGCACACAAUGAACUAAAUAGUGGACCAGGUUAUUGGUAAAUAUAUAUCCACGUUACUUUCAUUUAUCUGUGAUGCCCUGUGAUUAACAUGUCCAUGCUGCAAAUGGAGUUCAUGCCGAACUAUUGUCAGUGCACUCCAUGUGAUAUGAUUACCAGUGAUAGAUCACCUCAAUUACAGGCACCUGGUAAAUAUAUCAUGAUCACGUGAAUUUAUGAGUUGACAAAGAUUGUCUGAAUGCCCCAUUGAGCAGUCGAUAAGCACGUAAUGGAUUAUUGCAGCCUGGUCUCCUAAAAAUGUACAAAACUGCUUAACUUGGUCCUGAUUGGCCAACAUUUGAAUUUAAAACAAACAUCUCUUAAAUUUGAUGUUUUUUCUGGUAUAAAGGUGUGUGGAAAUUGACUCUCAAUGCCAGCAAUACUCCUCAGUUCUUGAGUUUCUUUCCUUCUUGCUCAAAAGCAAACAGUUUAUUGCUUCAGUGCUUCCUUGUUUGACUGUGUGGUUCCCCUAGGCAACUGUAAGGUACUGACUGAAUGACAAAACAACAAAACAUAGGCCCGUUUAAACAAACGCUUCCCUUCACACAAAUGGGAACGCCAGCUUACUACUCCGCAGCGCUCAUUUAAAAAGUACAAGGCUACAGUGUGGGCUACAUACUGUGUUUCUCACAGUCCAGCUGCUACAGCAGAUCAAACCCUGAGAGGGACAACGCCACUGACCACUGUCUUGCUUAUCUGAGCACAAGGCUGUUUAAAGACGAGGCGAGGAGGAGUGUGAGGGUCUGCCUUGUUGUUGUUGUUGUUGUUGUAGAAGAGGGCUGCUAAAUGAUCAAUGAUUACCGUGUUAUAUAUUUACCAUACUCCUGAAGUGUUCUACACAGACAGGCCAACGCAGUGAACUUUCUGAACAUGAAUUGCGAAUAUAGAAAAAGAGCAAAAACGGCUCAAGUAACUGUCUAUGAUAUCGUCUGUGUGAUUUACUCGUAUAUGAUCAUUGCAAAGCGUUGACCAGUGUAUGUAGACUGAACAUGUUCUAAUAGCCAUUCUUCUGUCUGACCUGGGAUUACAUUUAUAUUAAAUGUUUCAGUCCCGAGUUCUGAAAAUCCUAAAUGUGUAUAUGUAUAGGAAGAGAGAUAAUAUAAAGAUGUAUACACGGGGUCACCAGAUGGUCCUUACUCUGGUAACAGUCCAGUUAAGAGAAAACAUAUGGAGAUAUUUAUCUGUCCUUUCCCCUUUAUUGCCAUAUCCCCCUAUACUAUUUUCUCCCUCGGUGCUAUAGUGCGACCUUUUCACUCGAGUCCCUACGGGCUGCAUAUAGAGGAUGUUCCCACCUCAAAUCCAGCGUAAACAUUCAGUCCAUCUGGGCCCCGGAGGAUGUAUGAAAUGUGCUAAAUGUUUUAUUUUUUAAUCAUUAUUUAGUUGUUUCUGAAAUACACAUCUUAUUGCUUUUGCCGUGCCUAAGAAGAAAAUCUCCCUCAUAUAUGUGUAACUGUGAAUUCUUCAUGUAGAACUGAGCUUGUAAAAACUGUGAUUACUGUCUUGUCCUGUGCAUUGGCGUAAGUUUUUUCUCUCUUUGGAGCGAUGGGAGUGGAGGUGAUGUGUGCGUAUGUGUGAGUGUGUGAGCGUAUGUGUGUGUCUAGAUAAGGGAGUUUAUGUCUAUGUUUUUUGUCAGUGGUUGUGACAUUCCAGCAGCAGCCACCACCUUUUCUAUUAUCCAAAGCCUCUCAAUAAACAUAUCAUUGUGCCA